UAAUAAAAUAUAUAGAAAAUAUGUUUAGUUCUAUCUAUAAUUUUAAAUUUUAUAAUUGCGGACCUUUUAUAAAAUAUAUCAAUUAAAAUAACAAUUCUGGUAAGGAAAUAGUCAUUAUGUCAGAAGAUAUUGAUGCGUCGAAGUUAUCCCUCGAGGAACGAUGCCUCCAUAAGGCUUGGAAAGUUCGUCUGGGAGGUUACGAGGAGGCGGCCAAAGUUUUCACCAAAUGCGACGACCCCAAAUCCGGAGAAUGGACCCGCUUCUCGAGCCUCAUCAAGAACUUCGUGUCAGAAACUAACGUGGUGGCCCAGGAGAAAGCCUUGGAAGCGGCCCUCGUUUUUUUCGAAAACGCCGCCGUGGCCUCUAAAAUCGUUGGCGAAGUCGCCGGCAACAUUAUCCAAAAAUGCUUUACAACCAAAGCCAAAUCCAAGGAAUUAGCUUUUGAGAUCUUAAUGCAGUGCAUUGAGAUGGAAAAACAGGAUAUCGUCAUCGAGGAAUUGAUCAAAGGACAAUCCAACAAAUCUCCGAAGAUAAUAAUUGCCUCUACGCAACUGCUCAAGGAAGCGUCCAAAGCCUUUGGUCCCAAAAUUAUACCAGUAAAACCGCUCAUUAAACAGAUCCCGCUUCUUUUGGAUAAUCGCGAUUUUGCGGUGCGAGAAGAAACCAAACAAUUGGUCCUUAUUAUUUAUCAAUGGCUCGGAAACGUGAUAAAGCCGGCCCUCCAAACAUUAAAGCCCAUACAGUUACAAGAGCUCGAGGCAGAAUUUGCUAAGCUGACGGUGAGUGGAGAAAAGCUCUCACGCCAAUCUCGUUUCACCAGGUCCCAGAAACAACUUAUGGCUAAGACGGCCGGGGUAGCUGGUGGAAGCAUGGUAGAUGGCGCCUGUCUCACCACCGACCACAUGAAUGAACAACCAGGACCCGUCGUUGAAACAGAGAUUGAUCCUUACGAGCUGCUGGAAGCUAGCGACGUGCUAUCUCUCGUGACGCGUAAGUUUUAUGACAAUUUGGCGGAUAAAGCCUGGCAACAACGUAAGGAAGCUAUGGAAAAUCUACGCGAUAUUUUGGCUCCCUGUAAAUACGAGCCCUCGGGUGAUUACCACGAAUUAAUCAAAACUCUCCGGACGGCCCUUGUUAAGGAUACCAAUGUAGCCGUCGUUGCCUUAGCCGCUGAUAACCUGACCCGUCUAGCCAAAGGUUUGAGGAAAAAAUUUAGCUCUCAUUCAGGACUCUGCGUUACCGCUAUCCUCGAAAAAUUUAAGGAGAAGAAACCGAUUGUCGUUGCCGCUCUCAAAAACGCGAUAGACGCUAUUUUUUUAACGACGACUCUCGAGGCGAUUAGUGAGGACGUCAUCACAUAUUUAGCUAACAAAAAUCCUUCGGUACGCCAAGAAACGGUUAGUUUUUUGGGACGAGCUUUCGGGAAAUGCAAUAUGGUGACCUUGAACAAAAAGCUCGUUAAGCUUUUCGCUAAUUCCCUGGUACAAACAAUGAACGACCCAGACCCAUUAGUGCGGGAAUAUACAGCAGAGACCUUAGGCGUUAUGAUGAAAAUUGUAGGGGAAAGAGCUAUUUUGCCCUUGAUUAGCGAUUUGGACAAAAUAAAAAUCGAUAAGAUAAAAGAAUGUUGCCAAAAAUGCGAUAUCGUUCCGCCUCCAAUCCCAGCGGCCUUGAUUACCGAGUCCGCCAGCACGGGUGGCAGUGGCGGUCCAACAAACAAAGUCGGAAAAUCCACCAAUGACCCGGAAAAAUCGAAAGGCAAGAAAGUUAUUAAAACCGGCUCACAUGCACUACAGAAGAAAAAAAACCCGGCAAAAAAAUCAAACGACAACCUGACAGGCGGCUACGAACCGAUUUCCGUUAAACCUGAAGCCAUACUUUCGUCUAGUACAAGCCCCCCUUCGUCUACCGCUUCUAAUAUUCCCACGCCUAUUUCCGUGAACGCCGGAUCUGCCCCGAUUCGCCUUGGCAUCGCUAAAGAAACGAGCAGUUGCGAAGGCCUAUUCACAAAAAUGGCUACGAAACAAGCCAAAGAGGGUCGACUGCGCGACGAAGCCUCUUGCAAAAGCUUAAAGUGGAAUUUUCAAUCUCCCAAACCGGAAUACGCGUUAGCACUACGUGAUCAAAUGGAGCCGGUGUUUGGGAACACUCUUAAAAGCGAUUUAUUUCACCACGACUUUAGAUUUCAUAUCAAAGCUCUCGACAGUCUCAUAGCCAUUAUGAACUCAGAGGGAUCACAUGGUACGGAAGUCAUCGAGCAUUUAUUUAAUUGUUCCGAUUUGCUCCUCAAAUGGGUAAGUCUCAAGUUUUUUGAAACCAACACCACACUCUUGCUAAAAUGUCUAGAAUUUUGCGUGCGACUCCUUGAAUCGAUGGCCGAAGGUUGUCCAUUUGAUCAAGAAGAUCCCUCCCUCAAAGUAGCUGGGAUUGGAACUCGGGCACUUAAUGAAAUCGAAGCUUCCGGGUUUGUACCUUACUUGGUGGCCCGGUUAGGUGAUCCCAAAGAGCUUCUCCGUAAGCAAGUCCACUCAACUUUGCUCGCCGUUUAUCGCGCCUAUCCGCUUUCGCGCGUUUGGCCUCACUUACUGGAUUUAAUCCGAACCACCAAGAGUGCCAAGCAACGGCAAGAUGCAAUGGAAGAAUGCGCGCGAAAUGUCCGCAACUUUGGGGCUCGCUCAGCACUCGCGCACCCCGGCACGGCCUCUCAUCUAUCAGCUACGGUCAAAUGUGCUGCCGCGUUUCUUAACGACCGCGAUGCGGCUACGCGCUCUUCUUCUCUUGCCCUUCUCGCAUCCUUGCACUUGAUAUGCGGCAACGCAAUUUUUAAACACACGCCUCCCACUGUUUCCACUGAUUUUGAAGAGAAGAUUCGCAAAAUGUCGGCCGCUCUUCCUCCACGACCCUGCGCCGACGCAACCUUUGUGGAUCGCAGAAACGAACCUAUAGAUCAACACUCCACAAGCUUCGAUAAUACAUCAGCCAAGCAUUUUCAAGGUGAAAAAUCCCGAUCAAUUGUGACGUCGCAUAAUAGCAUUGAUGAUUCCGCCAAAUGUGAUAGUACGUUCGUGUCUCCUCCUAAUGAAAAGGUCACCAAGAUGCCUCUGCGAAGUCCGGGUAGCUCAGAAGAUGCGCCUACGAGUUUUCGUCCUCUGGGAUUAGAUACAAGGCGUCGCUUAAACCUCAAAGACACGAGUGAAAUGAACGAACUCUUGUACAAACCCGUUGUCUUUCCCCAAACACUUCUACAUCGGAAUAAUGCCGACCCUUCUCGUCCCAGUAUGAUAUCUUCAGGUUCAGUUGCCUUAACUCCUAAUAUUUCGACUGCACGCACAAUCAAAUCGGUGCCCAUCCCAGGCUCUUUUAAUCAUGCGGACAACGCCAUAGUAAGACUCAGAGAAAGUCAGACCGUUGCUGACAGCAUGGAAGCUCUACAGGGUUUGGAAGAAUUGUUAAAGCGCAAAUCCAUAUUCGCGGUCAAAACGCGACUCGGCCUCCUUUUGCUUGCGGUGAUUGAUCAAAUUACUCUCAUCCACAGGGUCCAUCUGACCGACAUGGCCGAUGGGGGGCUCGAAGAAUUGUCGCACUUAUACUAUCGUCUUUUGAACGUCCUCGACUUUAUAUUUACUAAUUCAGUUAAGGGUGAAUUGGGGUCGGAAUUGGGUGGGUUGGCGUCUGAACCCGAACUGGUCUCGCUUGUGGAAACGCUUAUUUCCGGUUUAGUUGACAAACGACUGAACGCAUCACCAACUCUGGGCCCUGGUAUUUGCCGCAAGAUAAACAUGCUCAUCGUGAAGAUUAUCGAGAAUUCACAGCCCACAACCGUCAUGUGUGCCAUACUUCACCUAUUUCGCGAAUGCUUCAUUUGUGUUACUAAGCCCAAUCGCUCUGACGAAGGAACCAGUGACAAGCGAUUAGACCUCGCGAUGAAGUGCGUGUGGAAAGGGACGAAGCUCGUAGCCAGAACCAUAGAAGUUUUGGAUUGCGGGGCCGUUCUAAAAGAGUGCAACGCUUUCAUGACCUGUUUUCCCAACGCUUUCUGGAAAGGUGGACACAAUUCGAAAGGACCACUCAACGAAACCCCAAUUCGUACCAUAAAAACGCUCGUUCAUUCUUUGACCUUAUGUAAAGGGAAGGCUAUUUUGGAUUGUAUCGAUUACGGUAACGUAGGCUCAUCUGACUAUUCCGAAUUAACGAGUUACAUAUCCAGAGUGUUGAGGUCAACCAACGCUGCUGGCGUUAAUAAUGUUAAUGGAAUUUCUAACUUAAGUUCCAACAAUAUAAACAAAUCAUAUGCCUCCGACGGUCAAAACGUUACUCUCGAUGGAAUAGAUAACCCAGCAUCGAGAGAUGACCAGAAACCUCGCCAAUUAGUCGCAGUUUCUCAACUGGCUAAGUCAGAUCAAGAUCGUUUAGCUGCCAUUUUUGUUAGGAUCGGAGAUCGGGAGACGAGCCGCGCUGGUCUUGAGGCACUAUACGACUUUCGUUUGACGCACCCGCUCGUCGAUAUCGAGACCAAGCUGGCGGCCAGCACAAAACUUUUUCGCGACUACGUAGAAAAGGGCUUAGCCCACAUCGCUCAAUCCAGGGCUGUCCCUAUAGCCAAUUAUGCCGCCUCCGAAAUCCGCCAACACGAAGCCUAUUUGGGCAAGAUUCGCCUCAAAAAUAAACACAUCAACAUUCCUUUGAUUCAAGAUACGGACAAAAGAUUGACGACUAGUGAUUGUGCACAUUUAUUGGCCAAACAUGCACAAUUUUUAGAGGAUCGGAGAAACACAGAAACUAAUCCUAUCAAUUUAGCAUGAUUCCAAACCAUAUUUUAAGUAGUAAUAAGCUUGCUCCACUAUUCGCUCAUAUCAUUACUCGUUUCAAAAUAUAAAACUAAUUUAUAUAUUAUUAUAUUUGUAUCUAUCAUAAUAUUACAGUAAGAUUAUAUUAUAUGCCUUUAUUCUAAUAUUAUUUUCAACAUCUUGAUGGAUAGUAGUAUAAUAUUUUUGGAUAUAACAAAUUUUUUAUAAGGUUUACGCCAAUCAUAGUAAUUGCCUAUAAUA